ACGUUUAAUGGGGUCCCCCGGACUUCCUUCCUUCCAUUGGGGAAAAAAAAUAAAAAAGAAUUAAGAAGGACGACCCUAAUACGGACCCUUUAAUUAAAAGGCAGGGUUACAAAUGACCCAGAUUACAUGGAGGGCCCUUCUAGGCGUGUCUACUCAGACCUAAAGCCCUCUUGAGUUCAAUGGUGUGUUUACUCCAUGGGUGCUGUGAAGGUGAAACCACACAAUGCAGAACGUUUGCAGGGUUUGGCCUCGUUUCCCAAAGUCAAAGCGGAUUCAUGCUUUUUGUUGUUUUAGAGUGAGUUCUGCGUAUGUAGCCCCGUGUCUUUCGUGAAAGACCAGCAAAAAGGGGCUGAAACUAAAUUCAUGACAUCCUGCCCUAAGUGCUUCUGCAGGAGAAUCACAGGAACAUGGCCUCUUUGGAACUUCCCAAUGUGACCAUAAAGCUGGAAGAUGAAGAGGAGGUGCCCUGGCUCCCAAAUAACCAGGGAUCAGAGGACACGGAGAACUUCCCAAGCACUCAUUCAGCAGGAUUUCCUGUUCCGAAAUCAGAGGUGAUCCAUGGAGGAGAUCCAUGGAUUCCAGAGCCUGUUUCAGAGGAGAGAGAGAUCCCGACUGAUUACAGUUCAGAGCUUCCAGAUGUGAUAGUAAAGCUAGAAGAAGAAGAGGAGCUGUAUAUUCCUUAUCACCAGGUUUCGGAGGCAAGCGUACCAUUCAAAGGGGCUCAUUCAGGAGAGGGGCGUGAGAGAAUCUUUGUGGGCGAAGUGCCCUAUUUCUCAGGAUGCAGGAGAAGCUUCAGUGACAGACCCGGUCUCAUCAAACAUGAGAGCCAGGGCACGCCUGAGAAACCCCACAAAUGUUCGCGCUGCGCUAAAAGCUUCAUGAAAAGAUCCAACCUUCGUACCCACGAGAGAAUCCAUACAGGAGAAAAGCCAUUCCGGUGCUCCGAGUGCGGGAACAGCUUCAGCGAUGGGUCCAGCCUCAUUCGGCACAAGCGGAAACACACGGGAGAGAAACCGUACAGCUGCUCGUCGUGUGGGAAAAGGUUCAACCAGAGUUCUAGCCUUAUCAGGCACGAGAGAAGCCACACGGAGCAGAGACCUUACAAAUGCUUGGAAUGUGGGAAAAGGUUCAACCAGAGUUCGACACUAGUUAGACACGAGAGAAUCCACAGAGAGCAAAGACUGUUCAAGUGCUCGGCUUGCGAUAAAAGGUUUAUUCAGAGUGCGAGUCUCCUUGCACACGAGAGAAUCCACAGAGGAGAGAAACCAUACUGCUGUAACAUAUGUGAAAAAGGCUUUGUUCAUAAAUCGAAUCUUCUUAUUCAUGAGAUGAAACACACUGGUCUGAAACCAUUUAAAUGCUCGGACUGCGGAAAGGGGUUUAAUCAGAAUUCAAGUCUCGUCAUACACAGGAGAAUUCAUACAGGAGAAAAACCGUACAAUUGCUCUCACUGCAGGAGACCUUUCAGUGACAAAUCAAGCCUUAAUAAGCACGAAAGAGCCCACCGAGGAGACAAACCCUACAAGUGUUCAAACUGUGGGAAAUGUUUUGUUCGGAGGUCCCAUCUCCUUACCCACGAAAGGAUUCACACAGGAGUGAAGCCAUUUAAAUGUUCCCACUGCGGGAAAAGCUUCAGCAGUCGGUCGCACCUUAUACGGCACGAGGGGACUCACACGGGAGAGAAACCCUACGACUGCUCCUUUUGCGGGAAAAGGUUCAACCGGAAAUCCAACUUGACCAACCACGAGCGAACUCACACCGGCGAAAAGCCUUACAAAUGCUCCGACUGCGGGAAAAGCUUCAGCGACCGGUCGAGCCUCAUCAAGCAUGAAAGGAUCCACACGGGCGAGAAGCCCUACAGCUGCGCUUCCUGCGAGAAAAGCUUCAGCGACAAGUCGAGCCUGAUCCGGCACGAGAGGAUCCACACCGAAGAGAAGCCUUACAAGUGCUCGGACUGUGGGAAGGGGUUCAACCAGAGUUCGAGCCUCACCGUGCACGAGAGGACCCACACUGGGGAGAAGCCAUUUAAAUGUUCAGACUGUGGCAAGGGAUUCAUUCGGAGGACGAUUCUCAAUAAGCACGAGAGAACCCACACCGGAGAUAAACAAUAAAGCCUGGAAUUGGGGGGUAGCGCUGGCUUAUGAUGAUGACUGACGGAAGAAGGCAGGGGUCGUGCUUCAGUUUCCUUCGGCUGUGAUGCUGAAGAGACGGAGCCAAUAUGGCCGACAUGAUUUAUGGGAGUUACAGCCAAGAAUAUCUGGAUGAUCCCCUCUUGUUUGGGCCUAUUCAGACCUGAGGGAGCUCUCUGAGAAGGGAAGCCUUAGAGCUCAGGCACUGUGUAGUAAUCAUACCGCUGUGAACCCUGAACGGCUUGGUUGAGAUUUUCCCUCAUCUGUCCAUCUCAGGCAGCCCCUAUGCAAGCCAAGCUCCUUUGGCCCAUUUGCCCCACCUGCCCGGCCCCACACCCAGUAACGUAGAUCUGUCCUGUAUUAGCCACCACCCAACACAGAAUUCUAUGCCCUUUUAAAAAAGGAAUUGAUUUUAGAGAGAAUCAUGUACGGCUCUCCUGUCGGGUUGUGAGUCCGGUAGGUCUGUGUGAAACAGGAGUGGGUAACCGUGGUGAGUCUGCAGGCAAUUUUUCCCCCCUUUUCCCUGGACUGUGGUAGUCUACGCAAAAGCCUGCUGAGGAAAAUAAUAAUAAUAAUUCAACGUAAAACUGAACAGUUGUAUCUCUCGCUACCCCCCCCCCCAAAAAAAACCACACUUUCAGGAUCAAGCUGCUGGCUUCAAGGUUGCUUCACCACCGAACCUGCCCAACCCAGUUUAGCUGCCCUGAGAAAUCGUACAUUUUCGAGUCACAUCUAGUUUUUCAGAAAGGCUGAUUCUCAGCUCCAAGUAGGCCUGCAAAACCCCACACACACCGCCGCCUCCAAAUGGCUAGGUUUAUCCUCUGUAGGAUCUAAGUCAAAGGUUAAUUAGUCAGAAGAUUCUUUCUAAUUAUGGGGGGGGGGAUGUUGAGGGCCUUCUCAAGCCACCUGUUGUCCAUGUCUGGUGUAAGAGACCCAUGGAUGUGGGGGAAAGUCCACUAUAGGUCCAGUGGGCACACUUCAUCUUUGUGGGGACCUUAGUUUUUAUUUAUUCUUGGAACUUGACCUUUACUAAAUCUGCUGGCAAUGCCUUAUGCUAGUACUCAGUCACUAGUCUGACAGUGUUCUGCCCCUAUAGAUCUGCGGGACACUCAAAAAUGGGAUCCGCUGGAUUUCCUGCUCCUCUGGUGCAGGUUUUUGGGGGCUGAAAAGGGGAAGGGUGGUGGUGAGGUCUUCAACCUGCUUCACUGAAGCACCGUGUUGGAUAUGGACUGUUUUCUGUUUUUGAAAAAGAAAGGCUGUAGUGAAAAUCAUGCAAUUAAAAGAUAUAAGCUAAAUCAAGGGAAAAAGAAUAAAUGCUAAAAUAAUG